CUCGAGAUAUGGAUGUGGAGUUUGUCAGCCGGACCGCUCCCAAUGAGAAGGCGACUGUCCUCGCAGAGGCGCCAGGGGUUACUCGGCUGGUCAAAGUGUCCUGUCACAAGGACCCCGCCUGGAGCCUCGAGCUGCUGCAGCGCGCCGCGCCCACGGUGGAGCGGCUGAGUGUGGGCCACCCCCAGGAGGCCCACCUGCUGGCGGUGCACGCCAUGCCGCGCCUGAGGAGGCUGCACGUGAUGAUGGGCGCCGACGCCGACCUGGACGCGCCGCCCGUCGUGCUGCCCGCGCUCCCGCCGGGACACGCCGGCCUGCAGUGCCUCACGGUGUCCCGCCUCCCCCGCGCCACGACGCAGUCCCUGCUGCUGGCGCACGGCCGCGCACUGGAGGAGCUGCAGCUGUGGGUGGGCACGGCGGGUAGCCUGGCGUGGCCACGCAGCUGCGGGGACCUGCACUCGCUGCUGGAGCAGUGCGGGCUGCGGGCGCUCAGGAGGCUCGUGCUGGUGAGGGCUCACAAAUUCAGCCACGAGACGGCCGCCUGCGGCGAGCAGCUCGCCGAGGUGCGGCGGUUGCUGCCCUCGGCCGAGGUGCUCUGCGACGUGUGCGACAGCGUGGAGGUGGAUGAGGUCUAGGAGCUCCUUCCAGUUUUAUUGAUGGUGACGUCCCGUCUACCUCUCUGCACGCUGCGCGAUUCAAGUCAGUGCAAGCAAUCGGACACAUUUAUUUGUGAUGUUGUUUCUUUAUCAGUUUCAGUUUUGUAAAAUGUUUCAAAUGUAUCAUCUGCUACAAAGCUUUUCCGCCGUCGACGACAUAAUCUCGAUUCUCGAUUCAAUCGGUACGUUGUCCAUCAAUGAGGCAGCCACUACUGGUUUAUUGCAUCUGCGAGUCAUUGGCGGAACCACCGGUGGCUGAGGGAUUGAGCUGCCCGACCCAGAGAGGAUCAAGUUAGGCCCCCGGCCGCCCCGGCAGCCCGCACACGGCCAGCAAUUGAGCUUGUUUGUGUCGCUAAUUAUCCAGCGCACGGCAUGGCCCGGGCUGCGCGCGGACCAUUGCAGGGGGUCGCUCAUCUCGAAGGAAAGAGAGUCUGUGACCCCGCCGUCUCGACUGACGGGACAGAGGAUAUACGAUCCCACAUGGACAGAAGAGGCCGGAAGAAGAAAUAUUUCGCCGGCGGUGCGGUGUGCGGUGUGUGCGUGUGCACCGUAUGCGUCCCGAGGGGCACUUCCCUGUAAAUUCAAACGUGCACCCGCCUUGAUAUUUUUUUCCUAUUUAUAUUUACAAAUGAAUUUUCAUAACAUAACUGUUGUAACUUUCCAAAACAUUUUUGUUAUUAAAUUAAAUAGCAAUGUUAGUGCUUCACAAAAAAGUUAUUUAAUUUUAGAGAUUUUUUUUAAAACGGUGCAAGGUUUGUUUGAUUUUUUUUAGGAAUAAAUUUCCCUUGAUUUUUCCGA